AUGGCGGCGCGGCGCCUAGCGCUCCAAGAAGCAGCGGAGGAGUUGGCUCAAGCAGCGGUUUCGCCACCCGCGCGAGGACAACUAUCAGGGACGCAAGCCGCUAUUUCACUUCCUGAGGUUACGAGCCCCAGUAUCGCUACACAAGCGGAACAAGGGGAGAAGUUUGCCCACAUGCAACCAGAUCCGCCGGCCACGGGCCAGGUAAAAGCGGUGGCCUCACAAGAGCGGGCAGGAGGUCAAGAGAUUAUAGGCGAGGAUAGCGAGGACCAGACCGAGGAGACAAACACUGAUCCGGCUGCGUCGGAAGAGAUCAAAGUGCCACAUUCACAGUCAGCCGGGGCACUAAAUCCAACGGUCGGCCUAACUGACGGGGCCGGUACGCACUCGCUUCUUAAGUCUUCCGAGAAGGCCCGGAAACGAGCAAGGGGCUGGACGAGGAUUGGCUCCGAGUACGACAGGUCCAGUGCUGAUGACUCUCAAGAGGAACGAGAGAGGAUCAUUUCGACAAUUGAUCGCGGAAUCGGGUCGGCUGCCCAAGGCUCUGGCGCCUGUACGAGCACGAGCAACAAAAGCCCCGACGGACGUAGCGGAGUUAACGGCUCAACUUGCGCUUCACCCGGUCAUCACACCGGCUACUGGUAA